AUGAUAAGCCAAUGCGUUCGGUUUGAGCCGAACUGCUUCAACAAAGGAAAAUGCAAGAACUGUUACAAAUCGAAGGAACAGCAUAGUGUGGAAUCGCUUGAAAAAGCCAAGAUGAAUCGCAAGGUCACCGCUUGCGGAUUCCUCUACGUGGCGCCACCAAACCUCGACUUUUCGUUACAAUCACAUUCAGCGAAGCGUUGGCAACGACGAUGGUUCACGCUGUUCGAUUCGGGCGAGCUCACAUGGGCGCUGGACAACAAUCCGGAUACCGUACCCCAGCUGACCAUUGACAUGACGCGAUGCCAUCGUGUGUGCGAGGCUGAUUCCAUUACUGGUAACUCGCAUUCAAUUCUGAUGGCCUUCAAAACGGACGCGGACAGCACGCAGCCUUCGAUUGUCUAUGUAAAAGCGGACACGACGGACGAGAUACGCUGGUGGCAGAAUCUGCUCAACAUGUACGCCAAGCAGAAUACGAUUCAAGUACGACCAAGGCGUCAAAUGACCGAAGAGAAGUAUGAACCGAUUGCGGUGAUCUCUCCUGAGCCAGAUAUGGAGUUUUCCGCUUGUUCAUCACGCUGUUCGUCACUUGAUCGACUAGAGGCUGAGCGUAUAGGAGGAGCAACGGUUGAACAGAGGGAGGUGACUGCUCUGAAGGGAACGCAUGGGACCCCAAGGAGCGUGAAGCAGCGGGACCGUAACUCCAGGGAGGAGCCGUUGCGCCGAUCCGAGUCUUCGCACUCGAUCAGCGUCGUUCCGCCGACGACCGUCACCGUCACCGUCGCCUCUCCGCCUCCACCGCCGCCGUCGACAGCAGCAACAGCGGUUGCACGAACCGCCCCGUCACCUCCUCCACCACGAUCUCGACACUCUUCCGCUUCCGCUGAGAACUCAGCUCCUGCUCCAAUUGCGUCUGCAGAGCAGACUUCGCCAGUCGAGGAAAAGAAGAACUACGGACAGGCCUGUCACAUCGACACCUCGAUGGCUCACACUCUCCGUAAAGGAUGGUUGAUGCUCCGUGGCAAGACCGAUGCCGAAUGGCAGAACCACUGGGUUGUUCUGGCCGGUCUGAGCUUGAAGCUUUACAAGGACGUUUGGGCGGAGGACUCGACCGAACCCUUGAUAGCUAUUGAUCUGUCCGAGUGCGAAAACGUGUACCCAUCAGCAAGUGCGAAGAAUUACGGAAUAGAAAUUAAGUGUCGCCGAACUCGAUAUGUGUUGUCCGCAAUGACUCCUGGAAUUCGUGACAGCUGGAUUACAGCUCUUCUUCAAAAUCGGCAUAACCCAUCACCAACGUACACGGAGACCUGCGCAUCAAACGACGCGAUGAGUAUGGCGGAUAGUUCGGAUAUCCUUGGAAUGCCAUUGCGCAAAAAGCACAUCGCAUAUGUGGCGCCAGAAUCGCACCAUUCCAACUCGAUCAUGGAUGGCGAAUCAUCAACCGAGGAUGAGCUGAGUGCGAUGCAACGUGGUCGCCACCGUCGCAGCCGCUCCAGUCGCGGUGGAUCGCGGUCGUCGAUGGACGUGGCGCGACGCGAUCGCGGAAGUCUGUCGCCGUCCGUGCGACGAUCGCCGGUUGCCAUCGUAAAAGAGAGAAAUCAGGAUAUUCGGCAUCGCCAUCCUUCCACCUCAUCCGUCGCCUCGAGCACCAAUCGAUCUAAGCAAGGCCGAAAAUCCACUACGCGCUCUAUUCCACGAUCAUCCCCUCAGUGUCAAGAGUCGAGACUUAGGUCGUUGGAAGCGCAGGUACAAAAUCUCCGAGACCAACUUCGAGAAACUUCGGCGAGACUAGGCGACUCAAAGACAGAAAAUGAGCGACUGCGAUACCUCUACAACAGUGGUGAAUCGAGUUCUUUGACCGCUCUGAGGAAGUCGCUGGCUGUAGCCGAGCAGGAUGUGAGGAAGAAACAGGAGGAAAUGGAAGAGCUGCGCUCGCAACUCGUCACCCAGGACUAUGAACAGCGAGUAGCCGCUCUGCAACCUCGCUUGAUCACGAUGCUUCGUGUCCAACUCGCUGCCAUCUCGAACAUUACAAAAUCUCGUCUACUAAAUCAGAAUCUCAGCAUCCGAGAAGACAUCGAAGAACUGAAACAAAUGCUCGACGAUGUGCGCGAGGGCGACUUGGAAGAAAUACAGAAGAUACUCGAGGAUACUACCGUACUCUAUGAUCAGAUCUCACAAGGUAUAGUGAUACCUUCCCAGUCAGAUUCCUGGACUAUGACUGAAUCAAUCGGAGCCGAAUCCGAUUAUUCUGACGAAGAAGAAGACACCAAACAAGAUAGUGAAUGGCAAGCUGAAAUGACUGCAAUACAGAACACCCACCAAUCGGAAUUGGAAACCAUUCGGCACCAUUACGAGCAUCAGCUAAAGAGCAUGCGAGAACGCAUUGAGCAUGAAGAAGCACGUAGGAGAAAGUUGCAGGAGGAACUCGUGCAGAUUACGACCCGCAAUGACCAGUCUUUGACCACUGUGAAAGCAUCAUUCGAAGAUGUCCUUGAAGAGCAGCGGAACGGCUUCCAAGAAGAAAUGGAGCAGCUCAAGCGAGAGCACCAAAAAGAACUGGACGAGGAAAAAGCAGCUACCAGGUUGGCUUUGGAAGCGGUGAGACGAGCGCACGAAGAGGAACUGAAGGCGGCGACGUCACGGAAGGCAAGCACGGAAAAGGAUCGCGAGGGAAGCAGACAAAAUUUCAGCGCUAUGUUGGAGCAGAUGCGAGAAGAACUGACGAAUCUGUCAGCCGCCUACUCGGCCAAAUGUAUCGAGAACGCACAGCUUGACGAACGACUGUCGGCGUUGAUGGAAGAGCGCGAACGCGAAGGUGACAGCGAGGAUAUCCAGCGACUGCAGCGCGAUCUGAUGGCUCGCGAUGCGCAAGUUGCCGAACUACAGCGACGGAUCUCUGCGUACGAGCGACGCGGUGGUGACUCUCCCAUUGUCGUUAGCGACAAGGACGAGUCACUCUUGGAGGCACCAUGCCCAGAGAAGCCCAGCAGCAACUUAGCAGUCAAGUAUAGGAAAAUGAACAAGAAUAGACGCACUGACAUUCGCUUUCACAGUAAUCCCGUUAUCCCAAUGCUAGAAGGAGUUCCUGAGCAUCUGCUCGAAGAUGUCCGUCGUUCCCUUGCAGUGCCAGUCAGCGAACGGCGGAAAUUCUUCGAAACCAUUGCCGAAUACAGUACCCCGUUCUGAUUCUCCGCACUGGCUUUGUACAAAUAUCUCCCACAUCCGUGGGGCCCCCAAAUGAGAUUAUCGCAAUGUACAACAAAACAAAUCGAGUCAACAGAUGAAUGUAUCCUAUUUACUCCCUUUCAAGUACACAUUUGAUCUUUCCCAGAAAUAGCAUAAGGUGCAUUUUUCUUCGUGAAGUUGUUGCUCUUCCCCCUCUCUACGCAAUGUUGCUUGUAAAGAAAGCUAAUAAAGUAAUAAGAGUACUAUGCUACGCCAAAUAUGAUAUGUACGAAUAAUAUGAAAUAGUCGCUGCAUUGUGAUCCUUUGAACCGCUCAUCGCCGUCGUGUUUCUGUUGUUUCGGCUCGUUUGUCUACUUUUGUGAAUAAAUAUCUUGUUUGU